AUGCCGUUGAAAGGUAUCUCCUCACCAGCUAUCCCCUACGGCAGCUUGAUCGUCGUCUCCGGUGUAAACGGCUUCAUCGGCUCCCACGUUGCCGACCAAACCCUUGCCGCCGGGUUUAGGGUCCGCGGUACAACACGCAGCCUCCGCCGGAAUGCAUGGGUGUGGGAGUAUUUCAAGAACAAGUAUGGGUCAGAGGUGUUUGAGCUCCUGGAGGUCCCUGACGUGACCAUCGACGGGGCCUUCGACUCGGCCCUGAAAGGCGCUUCUGGCUUCGUGCACGUCGCUAGCGAUAUGAGUAACUCGACUGACCCAGAUGUUGUCAUUGCCAACGCUGUCAAGGGUGUUCUCAAUGCUCUGCGAGCGGCCAAGAAAGAGGGCGCGGGGAUGAAGAGAUUUGUGUAUACUUCGUCCUCGACGGCCGCUACUUUGCCAAAGCCAGAGGAGGUGUUUAGUGUUACUGCUGAGUCCUGGAACGACGAGGCUGUCGAGAUGGCUUGGAAGACAGAUGCUGUCGAGAAAGAUGCUUUUGUUGUAUAUGCUGCUAGCAAGACGGAAUCGGAGAGAGCGGUCUGGAACUGGGCGAGGGAGACUGAGCCUGAUUUUGUGAUAAACACAGUACUCCCCAAUGCGAACUUCGGUGCCAUCCUCAGUCCAGAGAACCAAGGCUAUCCGUCGACGGCGCGUUGGAUAAAGGCAGUCUUGGAUGGCCACCAUGACUCCAUCAAGCACAUUCCGCCACAGUACUAUGUAAAUGUUCAGGACACGGCGCGGCUCCACGUGAUCGCGUUGGCGAGCCCAACUGUGAAGGAUGAGCGUGUCUUUGCGUUUACGGAACCUUUCAAUUUUAACGAUAUCAUUGAUGUUCUGAGGAGGCAGUACCCGGGUGACGAGAGGUGGGUUGAAGUGCCGGACCAAAGACAGGACCUAUCAAAGAUCGAGCCCAUCAAGAGGGCGGAAGAGUUAUUAGAAGAGGCCUAUGGAUUCCGCUUCACAGGACUGGAGCAGAGUGUCAAGGACAACGUGACAGAGUUGAAGACUUGA